GGCGGGGCGAUGGCCAAGAUCCGAGUGGCUUACGAAUACACCGAAGCUGAAGACAAAACCAUCCGGCUGGGCUUGUUCCUCAUCGUUUCUGGUAUCUUGUCACUUUUCAUCUUGGGUUUCUGUUGGCUCAACCCGGCCCUGCAGGACUUACAAGGCAAGGCGGCGAACUGCACCGUGCUGUCGGUGCAACGGAUCAGCGAGGUUUUCGAGUGCACGUUCACGUGUGGCGCCGACUGCAAGGGCACCUCCCUGUACCCCUGCCUCCAGAUCUACGUCAACAACUCCGAAUCCAACGCCCGGGCGCUCCUGCACCCGGACGAGCAUCAGCUCCUCACCAACCCAAAGUGUUCAUACAUCCCCCCCUGCGAACGGGAAAAUGAGAAGAACUCUGAUAUUGUAAUGCACUGGCAGGUUUAUUGGGAAGUUGAAGUAGGUUCUCAGCCUUUCACUUGCUACUUUAAUCAGCACCUCAGACCAGAUGAUGUAUUGCUACAACGUACACAUGAUGAAUCUGUUCUUUUGCACUGCUUCCUUUGGCCAGUGGUCACAUUCCUGGUUGGAGUCCUAAUUGUGGUCUUGACCAUCUGUGCAAAGAGCUUGGCUGUCAAGGCAGAAACUAUGAAGAAGAGGAAACAUUCCUAAAUGAAGGACAUCCUUCAAGAAAGGA